AUUUUGUGAAUGAGCGAUACAUAAAGGUUUACAGCAUAAGUUCACCUUUUCCUGGGAUGGACAGGUCUGGACGUCGAACAUGUCUUCUGAUGGUGUUCAGCAUGUGUUCUGCAUCAGUUCUCAGCCAGCCUCUAAUCAAGCUCCCGUUUAUUUCCAUAUGGAACGCACCAACAGAGCGCUGCAAGUCUCGAUUUGGAGUGGAACUGGAUUUGAGCGUCUUCGACAUCGUGCACAACCCUAACCAGACAUUCAUGGGCGACAACAUCACUAUAUUUUACUCCGAUAAGUUAGGAAAAUAUCCCCACUAUGGUCCUAACGAUGAACCGAUAUAUGGAGGUGUUCCUCAAAAUGCCAGUCUGAACGAACACCUAAAGAAAGCAGAUGAAGACCUGCGCAAAAACAUACCGGAUCCUGAAUUUCAAGGACUGGCUAUUAUUGACUGGGAGAAAUGGAGACCACUGUGGGAACGUAACUGGGACUCUAAGGAAGUCUACUGGAAAGCUUCGAGAGCAAUAGUGAAAGCCAAACAUCCUACCUGGAGUCCGGAUCAGAUAGAAACUGAAGCUGUAAAGGAAUUUGAAGCAUCUUCCAUGGCCUUUAUGGUGGAGACAUUAAAACUAGGCCGUAGAGAGCGUCCUGGAGGAUUAUGGGGGUUUUAUGGCUUCCCUUGCUGCUAUAAUUAUCAGUAUAAAAAGAACGAGACUUACACGGGUGAGUGUCCGGCUCUGGAGAUGAAGAGGAAUGAUAAACUGGCCUGGAUGUGGAACGUCAGCUCCGCUUUGUACCCUGAUAUCUAUCUGGAUCUCGGACUUCGGGGCCGCGGUCAGGACAUUUUGCUGUACAGCAGGUAUCGGAUCCUGGAGGCCAUGAGGGUAAGGGAAAAGACCACCCAUCAGAUGCCCUCCGUUUUCCCCUACGCCAGGAUCGCCUUCACAUACUCUAUGGAGUUUCUCUCACAGGAUGACUUGGUGCACACCAUUGGCGAGAGUGUCGCUCUUGGAGCCUCCGGUGUCGUGCUGUGGGGAGAUGGAAACUUCUCUCGAACAAAGAGGGCCUGUGAAGCGGUUCGGGAUUAUCUGGACAUCACACUUGGCCGCUAUAUAGUGAACGUGACGGAGGCAGCAUUUCUGUGCAGCAGGAAAGUGUGCUCUUCUCAGGGCCGGUGUGUCCGAAGGGACCCGAGCGCCUCAGUUUACCUUCAUCUCAAUCCAGAAAUGUGGUCCAUCAUUCCAAGAGCUCAGCUUCCAGGUGCCAUCACUGGCGGCCCAUCCUAUGUGGCUCACAGGAGGCUCUGGACGGGUCAAGAAGAAACCAGUAGAUUCACAGACAGUUUCAGGUGCCAGUGUUUUCCUGGGUGGGAAGGAGAGCAAUGUCAAAAACCAGUGCCUGUGGAGACUUUCACAUAACACAAAGACUACUAGAGGACUGUAGUGGUUAACACUCAGGAUGGGUCACUGACUUAACAAAUAUAAGGGACAACCUGACAUUCAUUUUAUAUACAAAGCAAUGUUAUUUACAUAGCUCACUUCAUACAGUAUGGUAAUUUAAAGUGCUUUACAUAAACAAGAAAAAAAGAAACAUAAAAUACAAGUAUAGGAGAACAUUCAUUCAUUUCUCAUUCAUUUUCUGACGCUUUUCCGGGGCCGGGUCGCGGGGGCAGCAGUCUUAAGAGAGACCACCAGACUUUCCUCUCCCUAGACACUUCCUCCAGCUCCUCCGGGGGGAUCCCGAGGCGUUCCCAGGCCAGCCUAGAGACAUAGUCCCUCCAGCGUGUCCUGGGUCUUCCCCGAGGCCUCCUCCCGAUGGGAAAUGCCUGGAACACCUCCCUGGGUAGGCGUCCAGGAGGCAUCCGAAACAGAUUUCUGUUUCACCUCAGCUGACUUCUCUCGUUGUGGAGGAGCAGCGGCUCUACUCCGAGCUCCUCCCGGGUGUCAGAGCUCCUUAACCUAUCCAUAAGGGUGCGCCCUGCCAGCCUUCGAAUGAAACUCAUUUCGGCUGCUUGUUCCUGAGAUCUUGUCCUUUCGGUCAUGACCCAAAGUAUAGAGAGGUAAGAGAAGUAAGAGAGUAGGAACGUAGAUUGACCAGUAAAUCAAGAGCUUUGCCUUUCGGCUCAGCUCCUUCUUCACCACAACGGAUCGGUACAUCGACCGCAUUACUGCUGCACCAAUCUGUCUGUCAAUCACAUGUUCCAUCCUUCCCUCACUCGUGAACAAAACCCUGGGAAACGUAAACUCCUCCACCUGGGGUAAGGACUUUCCUCCAGAUUAUAGGAGAUUGAGAAUUAAGAGUUUUUUUUAUUCAUUUUCACCUUAUUAUAGGAGAACAACAAAGAAUAAAAAUGAUUAAAAACAGAUUAAAAAUGUUUUAAAACUGGUUUUAAAGGAAUGACAAAAGAAAAUAAAGACAUAAUACAUACAGCAGGGAAAA